AUGUUGGGGAUUCGAUCGUUCAGUCAUGCUGCUAGAUUAUGUCAGUCAUUGGACAAAUACUACUCGCCGCAGCUACUUAAAUCUAUCGAACUAGCUCAGAAAGCCAUACCAUCAAAUACCAACUUUAAAGUAUCCCAAGUAGAGUUUUCACCAUCUUACUACGAUGAUUUCUCGAAGAUCGAUUCGUACUGGGAUUAUAAGCCUGGUAUGCCAAAUUUACAUGCCCAGCCUGAAGAUCUAUGGCAAAAUCCAAUCUACGAUUGGUCAGUGGUGCAGCAGCCAUUGCCCACUGCGACUGGUAAAAUAAUGCCACCUGGUGCAACGCUGCCAAGGGAAGGUGGUAGAUCCUCAAAGACUUUAGACGUAGCUCAAGGUUUAAGCAAACAGACGGGUGUUGAUGUGGACUACAUUACGAGAAAACUGAUCAUGAAGCCAUUGGUUAUGAAGAGAGUAUCGAAUCAGACGGCAAAGGGUAAGAUUCCAUCGUUUUAUGCGCUGGUUGUGGUUGGUGACCGUAACGGUAUGGUUGGGCUUGGUGAAGGUAAGUCUCGUGAAGAAAUGUCCAAGGCAAUCUCCAAGGCUCAUUGGGAUGCAAUCAGGAAUUUAGUAUCGAUUCCUCGUUAUGAGAAUAGAACUAUUUACGCAGAUAUCGAUUACCGAUACCAUGGUGUUAAGCUACAUCUGCGUAGUGCUAAACCGGGGUUUGGCCUAAGAGUUAACCACGUCAUAUUCGAAAUCUGUGAAUGUGCAGGUAUUAAGGACUUGAGUGGUAAAAUUUACAAAUCGAGGAACGAAAUGAAUAUAGCCAAAGGCUGUUUAGAAGCUUUUACCAAUGCUCAGAAAACUUUGGAUGAAAUCGCCCUCGGUAGAGGUAAAAGAAUCGCAGAUGUUAGAAACGUUUACUACUCUUCUUAA